AUGCCUGCUGAACAUGUAAACAAACUUUUUCGAAUGUUGCAAGAUAUCGAAGUUAAUAAGGAUCUCAAUUCAAACUUCAAGAAGUCACUAGUUGGAACGAACAACAAUCGAGCUUUAUCAGAUCUUAUAAACAUAAAGAUUCUGAACGGUGGUGCUUGGGGACGUGGUGGUGUAGGAGCGGAACGGGUACGUGUGUCAUUGCCAAGGGAACUGGAAGAAUUUGUGCCGGAGAUAAUUUUUGGCACGGCGUCUGGUGGGCGAUUCGACUUGGAGUUGACAACGUUCCAAAUGGCCGUUUUGUUUUCAUGGAACGAUCGUGCUCAUGAAAAGAUUUCUUUUGAAUCACUUCGACUUGGCAACCGAGCUACCUGA